AUGGGAAAGGGAAGACCAAGCCGACCAGGCUCAGCCAACCCUCAGCCAAGCACAGCAACGGAGAUGUUGAAAUUGAAGCGAGAGAUUGGGCUGGCCAGUGCAGUGUCAUUAAUUGCUGGCACUAUGAUUGGUUCGGGGAUUUUCAUGUCCCCAGAGUGGGUGCUGCGUAACAUAGGCAGCCUGGCUGGUAGCCUAAUCAUUUGGGCAUCCUGUGGCAUAUUGUCCACUUUUGGGGCCCUGUCCUAUGCUGAACUGGGAACUUUAAUUAAAGAAUCGGGAGGCGAAUAUAUCUACAUCCUGCGGACCUUUGGCUCCCUCCCCGCUUUCCUCUUUGCCUUUACCUCUGUCAUUGUCGUGAGACCCGCUGGCGUGGCGGCCAUCUCCCUGAGCUUUGCUGAAUACACUGUGGCCGCCUUUCAUCCUGGGUGCCCUUCGCCCCAGGUAGCGGUCAAGUGUGCAGCUGUGGCCUGCAUCCUGCUUUUAACUCUCAUCAACUGCCUCAGCGUCAGGCUGGCCACCUCUGUCAUGAACGUCUUCACGGUGGCCAAGCUGUUGGCAUUGCUGGUCAUCGUGGUGGGAGGUGUGGUGCUGCUUGUUCAGGGAGAAACGCACCGUUUCCAGAAUGCCUUUCAAAACACAAGGUUGGAAGCCGGGGUUAUCGGGAUUGCAUUCUAUCAAGGGCUUUGGUCUUUCGAUGGAUGGAACAACCUGAAUUAUGUGACUGAGGAGAUUAAGAAGCCGGAGGUGAGUGGAGAAUAGAUAAUUGAUGAUAGAUAGAUAGAUGAUAGACAGACAGACAGAUGAUAGAUAGAUAGAUAGAUAGAUAGAUAGAUAGAUAGAUAGAUAGCUAUAGAACACUGAAUUGUUUAUAUUUUAUGUAUGUGUGUAUUUGUACAGUGGACACGGGUUGCGAAUGUGAUCCAUGCAGGAGGCACAUUCGCAACCUGCAGCCUUCGCAACCCACAGCACCGCGUCUGUGCAUGUGCGGGUUGUGAUUCGGCGCUUCUGCGCAUGCGCAAAGCGCGAUUUAGCGCUUCUGCGCAUGUGCGACCACCAAAACCUGGAAGUAACCAGUUCUGGUACUUCCAGGUUUCGGUGGGUCCAUAACCCAAAAAAAGCAACCUGAAGCGUCUGUAACCCAAGGUAUGACUGUACUUAGAUUGGCAGAUUUCACACCUAGAGUUGCCAUAUAGCCCACGUGUCUGAGUUUUGCUUGCAUUCUGGACAUGCCAGUCGAUAGCUGGUUGGCCUAUUUUAAAAAAACAAAACAGCAAGUAACUAGCCCUUAUGAAGCCAGAUCAAGGAGCAGGCAUGUCCCUUUGCAUCUCCAACUUAACUAGAACUAGAAACCCUUUACUAUCUAAGCAUGUAUUUCCUAUAAUAAACUUAGCCUUCUUAUUUUUUAUAUCCAGAGAUUCGGUGUGAUUGCUUUAGAGUUGAUGAGGGUCAGCAUAGACAAAGGACUAAGACACUUUCAGAAGUUUGGACGUUCCUCUCUCGGUCUCCUUUUUCCUCAUGCAAAUCAAUACAAUCUGAGCUGCAUCCCAGCAGUUCCAACAAUGAGAGAGAGAAAGAGAACCAUUAAAAAAAAUUAUCUAUAAUAUUGAAGACAAAGGGGAGGGAUGGUGCUUCAUUUUUCCAAAUCAGGAUUCAGACACAGACCAAACGCAAAAUGGACAACCUUCUGACUGAAUCAGGCUGCUUCCAGAGUGCCAGAUUGGGAUCUGGACCACAGAAGGUGCACAGUUCUAGUAUAUAUACCGAUUGUUGUGAAAUUAUGAAUAUAUAAGAGCCAUGCAUACCUAGGCUAGGAAAGCAUCUUAGGCAGUGGGUUUCUACACAUACACAUGGCAAAAUGCUCACCAGUAAUCUUGCAUAAUGUUGUACUCUGGCAUCUUGUAUUUGACAUUUCACUGACACCCAAUGUGCCUGUAGAACUAAAGUGUGAAGUUACUCUAGCUAAAACUCUUUUAUCCAUUCAAUUCAGUCGGAAUUCUCACUUACCUGGGUGGAUUCUCUGAGCUAUAGAUUACUGUACUUGUUUUCAGACAAGUGUGGUAGCAUUUGAUUCAAUUAUGUUACCUUGAUGGCUUUAAUUUGUAGUGCAUCACUUGCGUAUCUCUGUGCUGGGCACAUUCUCAUGAGUGGUUAUUUUUGGGUUGUAUUAUUCGACUUGCGCAGCAGACUUCCGCUUUUGCCAGGCAACUUUCCACUCCCCCCUUUUUCCCUACAGCUCCCUGUACCCACAAAAAUCAGCUCCAGAGGGUUGGGGAAGAUGAGCAAAUAUUGGAGUCAUGUAGGGAGAAGACAGUGAAUCUGCAGGAGUGGAACUCUGUUCCCACAGAGCUGACUACAGCUCUUAAUUUUUUUACAUGCCAUCAUUUUCAAACAUUGCAAAUUGUUUACUUUUAGCCCUGGGCUGAUAACUUUGCUCCCUUGUUAUCUUGUUUUUGCUGUUUAGAGAGAUGCGAUGGGAGCCUCCUUAAAUGAGAAAAAUGGUUGGCAAACUAUGGGAUUCCUGAAAUUUUGCAUUUAUGACGUGAGAUGGCAGCACUCAGUCGCAAGGCAUACAAAUAUCGUAACAAAAAUUCUGAGUUCACAAAUCGUGAAUCUAUGAAUUGCGGCUUUCCAAAUGGUGUACAAUAGCAGGGGUCAACAAUCCAAGGUCUCAGCUGAGAUUUAAAGUUCAAACUUGUAAAGUGCACCUUACAGCUCUGAUACGUGUGCAAACUGAACAUUGAUACUUUUUACCACUUAUAGCUUAAAUAGCAAGCAAAGUCUAAGGUUAUAGAAUGCCUAGUUUUUAGUCAAUCAGUGUCAGCUUUCACUAUUUAUUUCCUAAAGAUGUGCAGAUUAUACCAUCAGUUAAGUAAGUGACGAUGAAGAUGCAUUUGCGCUAAAGGAGAGAGUGGAGAAGUGAGGAAAUAACUAUGAUUUGUUCAGGAAAACAGAUACUAGUCCUACGAAUCCAAAACUGGACAAUACAAUAAAAAUGUCCCAAAAUAGUGAGCAAGCUUUUGAAUUAUGCUGAGCUCUUAACUGGGUUAGAUUUUAAGCCAAGUGGGUACAUCUGCAUGGUACCUUUAAACCAGUAUGAUACUACUUUAAACAGUUGUGCUUUCCCCAGAUAAUCAUGGGAACUGUGGCUUGAUAAGGGUGCUGAGAGUUGCUGGGAGAUCCCUAUUCCCUUCACAGACCUACAGUUCCCAGAAUUGACUGCUAGAAGUAAGUCCUCCUGUCGUCAAUGAGCUUUACAUUAAUCUAAGUGUGCCUAGGCAUGUCUGGUCAAAAGUAAGUCCAACUGAAUGCAUUAAGACUUACUCCCAGGUAAGUGUAUAUGGGACUGCAGCCUUAAUUAUGCAGUCUACCUAAUCUCUCUAUAACAUUAUAAAAGUAUGAUCUCCAGCCAGUGUAAAUGAGCAGCGUAGAAAGGACUGAACUGUUGGAAGCUUUCUAGUAUCAUCACUAGUUUGAUUAUGAUUCUUAGUUGCCUGGAUCCCACAAUCCCCUGGCUUGUAUCAAAUGCCUAUCAUACUCAGAGUGGACCCAUUUAAAUUAAUGAACACAAUUUACUGAUGCUCACUAAUUUCAAUGGGUUUACUCUGAGUUUAAAACUUGUUGGAUGCGGCUCUUUGUUUGGGGGCAACAACUCGUGUGUGUGUGUGUUCAGUAAAAAGUUCAAAUAUAGAGGUGCAUAUGAGGCCUUGUUUGCUUUUCUUUACUCUUUCUCCAGGUGAACCUUCCACGGGCCAUGAUGAUUGCUAUUCCUCUAGUUACCUGCUUCUAUUUGCUGGUAAAUGUGAGCUAUUUUGCAGCCAUGACUCCUGCCGAACUUCUGUCUUCAGGUGCUGUGGCCAUUACGUGGGGGUGAGUGACGCUCCAGAGCUCUGAAGACUUACCUACAUAUUCACCCAAAGCAACCCAAUGUUAUUCAUUCUGCAGUUCCUGCAAAUCGACGUUCAGCUGCAGGCUGGAUGAAAGUGGCUGUUCUGUUACCACUGCACAUCACCCCACAUUGUUGCAACUGAUCAGGAAAUAGUAUUUUUCCUGAGUGUGUCAAGUAUCUACUCUCUAGUAUAGAAUCCUGGAAGAAAUGCAGACAUGGGUACAAGAGUGACGGAACUACUACACUAGAUUCCCAGCAGAUGAGAUGCUGUUGCUUGCCAAGAGGAGCAGCAGCAAGCUGGUGGGGAUGCUGGCAUGGUGCGAACACGCCAGCAGGAACCCUCCAAUUGUCUCUGCUAUUGUGUUUGCAAUGCAUCAACCUCUCCUCCACUUUAUGCUUCUCCCUCAGGAUUAGUGACCCACUUGCUAGGAACCUAGCCUAAGCCUCUGUCCCACCAGGCAAGCUGCAGCGGAUGGCUGCGGUUUGGAGAAAAGGAGGAAGGGAAAGCCAACUUCACACUGCCUAUGAGGAUCUUGUCAUUGGAAUACUAUAAUCCACUUGUCACAGGAAUACCAUAAUCCACCGUGUCAGCCCUCCAGUUUAGAAAAACUGGGAUGUGGAACUGAGGAAAAUAGAAUGUUGAGAACAGAUUGUGAAAGCCACACUGAAAUAAGACACAGCGAUGUCUGUCUUGGUUAUGGGUUGUAUCCAAUCAAGUCAUCCCUUUACUGGAAGGAAUUCCACCUGUGAAAUAAAACUCCCUCUCCUUGUUCUCCCCCAUUUCCCUCUGCUUCCCCUAAAGCUUCUCCAGAGGAUUGGGGGGGGGGGACACAAAACAGAUAUUUUUGGGGUGUCACAAUACUUAGGGGUGAAAGGGAGAAGAAGUCCUGUUCCACAGGCAGAAGUCCUUGUGCUAACAGGAUGACUUGGUUGGAUAUAACCAAUAGUUAAGGCUAUUUCAGGCUUUCAAGUUUCCCUGAACUCUCAGUCAGUCAAAAUAAAAUAAGUUUGCACAACCUAGUUGCAUCAGUUAUUACAUGCCUGUGUUGGUAUGCAUGUGUACACACACACACACACACACACACACACCCCUUUAGAUGCUGCUGUCUGGAAAAAGCAUCCUGUGUCACCCUGAAGAUGAUUUUGUGUGUGUGUGUUAUGAGUUUUCCUGGGGAUGAUCCCUCCUACACGAAGUGGGCAGUGAAGAUGUUGGGUUUUUAUACAAGCCUGGGGUCUGAGUGUGCACGAGACGCUAUUGUUCUGUAAAGACAAAAGAAGUGAAAUUGUCAAUUGCAAAGCAUCAACCUGUCCAUACAUAGUGAUCAUCUCAGAAACGUUCAAGCCUUUACCAGCUGGUGUUCAGUCUGCGCAUUAUCAAACUUGCCCCGCAUAAUGCUUAUGAUGCAUCUUUUUAUAGAGUUUAUGUUAAUACCCAUUCACAUGAUGAAUAUAUACUGAGACAAGUGACAAAGCUCAUUUCACUGUGUCAAGACAACUUUUCCAUGCACCGCCUUCCCUAUUACUCCUGAUUAACAAGUUAUUUGUUACUGUUCUUCUCUGUUACAGUUCUCUGCCCCACCCCUUUAAAGUCCUACACCCUCUUCUGCCUGAUUAACCUUUUCAUUCCAGGGAGAAGGCAACAAGGGGGUAGAAGAACUAAAUGGUGCUUUCAACAGAACUGUGUAUCUUCUAGAGCAGAUUAGGGUGACCAUUUACACAUUAUCAAAAAGAGAGGAAACUCGUCACCCAAAGAGAAAACAAAAGAGGACACAAGAUUUGCACAUAGUUUGUCUUUGCUAAUUUAUAAGCGUAGAUGAAAACUCAUAACCAUAAUUUCAGCAGAAUAAAAUGCAUCUAACUUCAUCAAGGGAGACAGAUCAGGUGAGUUAUGUGCCUGUGUUAGUUUUAUGAUGUUAGCCACCCUGAGCCCGGCUCCGGACGGGGAGGGCAGGGUACAAAUAAAAAUGUAUUAUUAUUUAUUAUUUGAAGGCUGCUGUCUUGGUGCUGCUAAUAAAAGACAACCUCCAAGGCCUCCUUAAGGUUCUUAAUUGGAGCUGGACCAGACAGCUCUCCAAACAGGAGACUCAUUAUUUAUGAAUUUUGCACUAAUAUGUACAUUUUCAUUCUCAUCUUAUCCUAAUAUAUGUAUGCAUUAUUUGUUUGCAAAAUUGCGUUGUGAAAUGCAGGGAUGUGCAGGUCUUGAAGGCUAUCUAUUAUUUGCUGAUUGUUCCAGGAAGUGCAAACUAGGGAGCUUCACAUUAAAAUUGCCUCCACUCCUACUGGCUUGCCUUUCAAGUAAUACCUACUGAUGCAUUCGUUGAGUGUGUGAUUUAACAAAACAAGGCUGCUGCUUUCCCUUCUUAGCCAUACUGUCAUAAUCCUUUCUCCAUCCCCCUCUUUAGGAACAAGGUCCUUGGUAGCUGGGUCUGGCUGAUGUCAUUGUCCGUUGCAAUGUCUUCGUUUGGAUCAGCGAACGGAACAUUUUUCAGCGGAGGCCGCAUGUGUUAUAUUGCAGCAAGAGAAGGCCAUAUGGUAAGAGCUGUGAACCCACUGAUAUUCCUCUGUGUGUGUGUGUGUGUGUGUGUGUGUGUGUGUGAAACAAUGGUUUAGUCUCUUACAUCCAUUGCAACGCAAGCCAAGCGAAACCCAUCUCUUACUAUUACAUGUAUGUUUGACUCUUCUGUGUAAUGUUCUGGUCUGAUGCCAGACCCUACAGAGAAGGCAGGUCAGGAGUAGCAGCACCAUGGAGAGCUCAGAGUGAACAGACGUGAGCCCUUUUAAGCUUCUGCCUCCAGACAGCUCUUCCAGGCUUUGCCCUCUUGUGACUAACUUUAUAUUCUUAAAGGGGCAACCGUCUGGCCUAAAGAUGGGCACUCCUCCUCCAUUCUCUAGCCUCCUGUGUGGUGUACUUUCUGUUUUGCUGGACUGGUGAGAUUCUGUGGGGAGGCAUUAUGGUCUAUAGGCUCAGGCGAAAGUACCUGUAAGGGUCCAGGAUCUGCCCUGCAAAAAUAGGAGGUUCUUCUGAUGGCUCAUGUUUGUCAGCCUCGGGCUCAGGCAGGCUCAAAGCCCUGCACCUGGUCUUACUACAGUGGUACCUUGGGUUACAAACGCUUUGGGUUACAAAUGCUUCAGGUUACAAACUCCCCUAACCCAGAAGUAGUAUCUCGGGUUAAGAACUUUACUUCAGGAUGAGAACAGAAAUCACACGACGACGGCGCAGCGGCAGCAGGAGGCCCCAUUAGCUAAAGUGGUACCUCAGGUUAAGAACAGGUUAAGAGCGGACCUCCGGAACGAAUUAAGUUCUUAACCAGAGGUGCCACUGUAUUUAGCUGGAGCUUCUGCAGCCUCUGACUCCUAGUCUUGAUAGUUGCUGGACUCCUGGGUCAUGACUCUGUGGACUAAUGUGGCUGCCUACCAGCCAGCUAGGGCAGCAGUUGCAAUUCUUUUUGCGGGGAAGGGACCUAUAUAAAAGGCUAAAAAUACGAGACAUUUAUGAGGUGAGGAAUUCUAUACUGUACUCUGAUUUUCCUUCCCGUUUUAUGUAAUUGCUCACAUCUUUUCUCUUUUGUAAGAGAAUUAUCACUGUGGUAGACAACCUGUGCCAAUAGUCAAGUAUAGUAGUAGCAGUAGUAAUAAUAAUAAUAUCCCCCAUCUGACUGACUGCACCAGCCACUCUAGGCAAUUUCCAACAAAUAUAAAAGCAAAAUAACAUAUAACAUUGUGGUUCUCUUAUGCACACAUAUGACAUCCCUGGUGCCUUGAUGUGGUUUCUCUUCUGAUCUGACUAGAUGGCCUUCAGGAUCUCUUCCAACUCUAUGAUUCAAUGGGCUCCCAUUCAAGUUAAGUUUCCAGAGAACCAGGAUUUUUUUAUAUUAGGCCUGACUUCACGUUUUCAGGCUGUUGGGUAAAACAGUGACAUUCAAAAUGAAACAAACGUAUUGCAACAGAAAUCAUCUGGUGGCGAUUUCUGUUUAUUUCUCAAAGUUCAACAGCCAUGUUUACUGCUCUUUUCCUAAUCAGAGUCUUGUGUUUGCUCUUUGGAGAAAGCUCCGCUGAAGUGAAGGAGAAAAAAAUGACGUUUCCAACAUGUUGAUGAUUGUCUUGUACUUUGUGUCUUCAUUUUCAGCCAGACAUUCUAUCCAUGGCUCACAUAAGAUACCUUACACCUUCUCCUGCUCUCAUAUUUACUUCUGCUGUGUCGAUAAUUAUGGUUAUAGCCGGAAGCUUCAGUCAGAUUGUGAAUCUUUUCAGGUAUGUAUGUUUAGUAUUCUCAUCAGUCUAUGGGUUUCUCAGUAUCAUAUUAAUUCUAUUUUUGCUUCCACAGCCUUCCCUCCCCCCCUUUUGUUUUAAAAGCAAUGAAAGAAUGGAUAGCAACUUUUUAGCCAUUCAUUAAUUUCAUUAAGCAUGCCAAUGCAGUAUAACCAUAAAAGCAACACCAGUAAAAAGAAGAAAAGUGAAAGUGAAAACAAUUUCAAAAAAUCUCCUCUGAAAAGCCUUGUGGGAAAAGGACGGUCUUCAAAAGGUAGCAAAAAAGAUAACAGAGGCAGGGCCUGUCUGAGAUAUAAUGUGAGCAUGUUCCAAAGACUCAAUUCCUACAUUACAUGGAACAGACUGCCUGAUGAGAUAAUCUUUGCAAGAUGGAGAGCAAUGAUUGACUGGGUAGAUCACUCUCACCCAUUCAAGCUGUGUGCCUGGGAGAAGGAAAUAAAAGUGUAAUUGUGGUGUGUGUGUGUGUGUGUGUGUGUGUGUGUGUGUUACUGGACUAUAGCCCCACUUGACUCUGACUGUUGGCCAUACUGGCUAGGGCUGAACUGCACUGGAGCCCUACAAUGUCAGAAAGGCUCACGUCUAGAGUAAAUGCUACUAACAUUAUUUCUGCACAGUUUUACAGCUUGGCUUUUUUACGGGACAACUGUCGCUGGUCUCCUGUACUUAAAGAUUAAGAAACCAGAAUUGCCAAGAUCUUACAAGGUGAGACUUUAAAAAGAAGACAGCCUAAACACACUAUGUUCUUGAUUAAAGAGAAAAAUGGCCCUCCAGAUUUUGUUGGACUGCAACCUGUGAUUUUAAAAAAAAUUGUUACCUGGGGGGGGGGGAAUCCUUCUAAAAUAUAUGACUAUAAUUUUUUUUUACAAAAAAUUUUUUUACACAGGUACCAAUCAUCAUACCAGUAGUUUUCCUGAUGGCGUCUAUAUACCUUGUGUUGGCACCCAUCAUUGACCAGCCCCAAAUGGAGUUCCUUUACGUCAUCCUAUUCAUUUCCAGUGGGAUCAUCUUUUAUUUCCCCCUGAUUCACUACAAGUACCACCCCACCUUCUUAAGAAAAUUUACUAUGCAUUUUCAGCUGUUUCUGGAGGUUGCCCCAACUGAAAAGAAUGCGGACUGA